UGUGGAAUCUGCUGUGGGAAGAAGGACGCCAGGUUUCUUGGGCAGCCACAGUCAUGGCGGAGACGGCCCACAGUGCUGGGGGCUCCGCUCCUGGGGCGGCGGCCUCCGCCGAAGCCCCGCUGCAGUACAGCAUUCUUCUGCAGUACCUGGUGGGUGACAAGCGUCAGCCCCGGCUCCUGGAGCCUGGGAGCCUGGGCGGGAUCCCGAGUCCGGCCAAGAGUGAGGAGCAGAAGAUGGUCGAGAGGGCGAUGGAAAGCUGCGCCUUCAAGGCGGCGCUGGCCUGCUUGGGAGGAUUUGUCUUGGGAGGUGCAUUUGGGGUGUUCACUGCCGGCAUUGAUACCAACGUGGGCUUUGACCCUAAGGAUCCUUACCGCACGCCUACAGCAAAAGAAGUUCUUAAAGACAUGGGGCAGAGAGGAAUGUCCUACGCCAAAAAUUUUGCCAUCGUGGGCGCCAUGUUUUCUUGCACUGAGUGUUUGGUAGAAUCUUACCGGGGAAAAUCAGAUUGGAAGAACAGUGUCAUUAGUGGCUGCAUCACUGGAGGAGCCAUUGGUUUUAGAGCUGGCUUAAAGGCUGGGGUCAUUGGUUGUGGAGGUUUUGCUGCUUUCUCUGCUGCGAUCGAUUAUUACCUACGAUGAGAGCAAUUGCCUCCGGGGAAGGACGAUGCCAGCCCAGGAUCAGAGCUGUUCUGUGUAGGGCAGUUUCUGCCCUACCAUUCCGGGGCACUUCCUUCAGAGACUGAAGACAUUUGUUUUCCCUCACGUAGUUGGUGUUGUGAGGGAACCACCUGGCUGCAAUCUGCCCCCUCCGAGCAGCCACGCUCUCUGCUCCUGGACUCCAGCCAGGCUGUGGGGGGCUGUGCCACGCCAGCCUCUCUCUUUCGGGCAGAUCAGGAGUCAGCGUGUUGACCUGUAGGAAUUGAGUUCCGCAGAGGUUCAGUCCUGACCACAGUUGGCCCUCUGGUUGUUUGGUGCCGUGGGAACGGAAGGGACUUGACAUAUACCCGGGAAGCUGGACCUCCGUGCCGUCAUCCAUCUCACACACUGGGGCAGGGCAAAGUGAAUUUAUGCCAUCCGACCGAUUGUGUCAUUUUGUUUAGUGUUCUGCUAUCCUUGUUAAAAAACGUAUAUAUACGUAUUGAUUUUACAGUUUAAAA